CAGGUAAAGAGAAUGAGCGGCGGUUACCCGGCAUGCAUUGCGCGAUGAGUGCAGCCUGGCAGUGAGCAAAAACAACAACAGGCUACUUUGCAAAGAAAGCUGCUACAUGGACGGCGACCCAGGAGCUCGCUGGCCCAGGCGUGCAAUGAUCUCGUCCUAAAUGCAAACAUGCACCCCAGCGCUAUGAUCAACGGCGGCGGCGGCGGUGCCAUGAACACUGGACUCCCAGCUUCACCUGCUUCGCUCGGGAGUGCCGGGAUACCCAACGUCAAGGUGAAGUUUUGCCGCUACUACGCGAAAGACAAGACCUGCUUCUAUGGAGACGACUGUCAGUUCCUGCAUGAGGACCCGUCAAUGGCUGGCUUGCCGCUGCACGGCGGCGGGAGCCCCGUCCCGUUGUCUCUGCCCGGGGGUGGCGGCACGCCAGCGGGGUAUUCCCACGGCGGCUCGGCGGCCUCUUGCCCAGGCGGCGGCGGCGGGGGGACCGGUGUGCCCAAAAAGAGUGAAAGCAUGGGGCCUGCAGGGACACCCCUGGACGGGUCGCUGUUAACCAUCCCAGGGAUGGAAGGAGCAACGCUAAGCGAUGCCAAUCUUACCAACUCUUACUUCAGCAGCAGCUUUAUUGGGGUGAAUGGAUUUGGAAGCCCUGCAGAGUCCAAAUACUCCAUGAUGCAGCGAAUAACUACCAGCAGCAGCUCUCCCAGCCUCCUCAACGACGGUGCCAAGAAUUUCAGCCACAGCGCUCAUGAUUCAGUGAACUCCCCGACAUCGUCACUGUUCAGCGAUUUCGGUGCUCUCAGCAUUUCCCAAAGGAGAAAGGCUCCCAAUCCGACAGCAAGUGAGUUCAUCCCUAAGGGAGCUCCACGAAUGGCCACCAUGGCCCAGUCUUCUGUCCAGGCUUUCCCGUCGCCUCUCUUCGCUCACCCAGGCCUCAGCAGCUCCACAGCGGCCGCCUUAGCUCCAGGCAUGUCACUAUCAGCGGGAUCGUCCCCCCUUCACUCCCCGAAAAUAACCCCCCACACCUCGCCCGCCCCGCGUCGGCGCAGCCACACCCCGAACCCGGUCAACUACAUGGUGCCCACCACGGCGUCUGACCCGAACGCUCACAUGAUCCAGAAGGAGACGGUGGGGGGGACCACCUACUUCUACACGGACAACACCCCGGCGCCGAUGUCUGGGAUGGUGUUUCCUACCUACCAUAUCUAUCCCCCCACCGCGCCCCAUGUGGCUUACAUGCAGCCCAAAGCCAAUGCCCCGUCCUUCUUCAUGACCGACGAACUCCGACAGGAGUUGAUUAACAGGCAUCUGAUAACCAUGGCCCAGAUCGACCACUCAGAGAAUUCAGAUGUACCUUCCGAGGUGGACAGCUACCACAGCCUGUUCCCUCUGGAGCCCGUCCCCCCGCCCAACUGCCUGCAGAAAACCAGCAACUUCAGCUACUUCACGUCCUGCUACAAGGCGGUCAACAGCAAGGACGACCUGCCGUACUGCCUGAGGAGGAUACACGGUUUUCGCCUUGUCAACACCAAGUGCAUGAUGUUGGUGGACAUGUGGAAGAAGAUCCAGCAUUCGAACGCCGUAACGCUGAGGGAGGUCUUUACCACGAAAGCCUUUGGAGACCACUCAUUGGUGUUCUCCUACGAUUUCCACGCGGGUGCAGAGACUAUGUUCAGCAGGCACUUCAACAACCCAGCAGCUGACUCCUAUUUCACCAAGAGGAAGUGGGGGCAACAUGAUCCCCCGCCACCGCGGCAACACGCCGGCCUGCUCCCAGAGUCUCUGAUCUGGGCCUACAUAGUCCAGCUCAGCUCCGCCCUGCGCAGCAUCCACACAGCAGGCCUGGCGUGUCGCGUCAUGGACCCCAGCAAGAUCCUCAUCACUGGCAAGACCAGGUUAAGGGUGAACUGUGUCGGCGUGUUUGACGUCUUAACGUUUGACAACAGUCAGACCAACCACCUUGCCCUGAUGCCACAGUACCAGCAAGCCGACCUGGUGUCGCUGGGCAAGGUGGUGCUGGCGCUGGCGUGCAACUCGCUGGCCGGCAUUCAGAGGGACAACUUGCAGAAGGCCAUGGAGCUGGUGUCCAUCAACUACUCUUCAGACCUCAAGAACCUCAUACUGUAUCUGCUGACUGAGCAGUCCCGCAUGCGCAGCGUCAACGACAUCAUGCCGAUGAUCGGGGCUCGCUUUUACACACAACUGGAUGCGUCGCAGAUGAGGAAUGAUGUCAUUGAGGAGGACCUGGCCAAGGAAGUGCAAAAUGGCCGCCUCUUCCGUCUCUUGGCCAAACUGGGCACCAUCAAUGAGAGGCCAGAGUUUCAGAAGGACCCAACGUGGUCGGAAACUGGCGACCGCUACCUGCUGAAACUUUUCCGGGACCACCUGUUCCAUCAGGUGACAGAAGCCGGGACGCCCUGGAUCGACCUCAGCCACAUAGUCUCCUGCCUCAACAAACUGGACUCGGGCGGUCCCGAGAAGAUGAGCCUGGUGUCGCGGGACGAGAAAAGCGUCCUGGUGGUGACUUACUCGGACCUGAAGCGCUGCUUCGACAGCACCUUCCAGGAGCUGCAGGCGGCCGCCUCCGGCUCCCUGUAGCACCCCCUGCGGGGUGUGGAGCGCACAAUUGCACUACGGCGGACAUCCGGGGGCUCGUGGUGACAUCGGCAUGGCGAAGGCAAAGCGGGGCGGGGCUUCGUGAACCUCAGUCACAUACACUGUCCACCUACCGGGAAGGCUUUUUUUUCUAAAAGUGUAUUUUUUUUAGUUUUCCCAAAAACAAAAGGACAAAAAAAAAAGGACGCCAUUUGUGACAUUUUUUAGAUUUGGGGAACAAAGCGAGAAGCAAACCUUUGUGGUUUUUUGAACUAUUUUUCCUGCUUUUAUCCUUUCUUUCUACCGCUGUGGUUUCUCUUUCAGAGGAGGAUGCACUAAGAUUUUAAUUUUUUGGUUAUUUUUUUAUGAACACGUGUGAGAGGCCUACAGGGUGCACAGUCACACAAGAUCCUUUUUUACGGACCGCAUCAUGGGAGGGGCUUUCUUUUGGACAUCACAGGACGCGUCGACAAGGACUAACCACUGAGGUGCUGGAAAGCGGGACACGGGCGGACGGAGGAGAGGAUGCUGUGUGGGCGGGGCUGUCACGUGACCCCUCCCACUUUUCUUUGACGGACACCGAGGUGGCACUGAGGACGCCGGUGUGGGUUUAGCUGUGCAGCACUUGCCUGUAGCCUCCAUCUUGGGACUUUCUAUUGCCUCUUUGUGGAAUGUUCGACAUCCCCCCGCCCUCCUUCCUACCUUCUGAGGCACCUCAUCCUGGUGGAGUUGUGCAUGAUGGGAAGUGAAGUCUACUCUGGACCAAUGCCAGCAGGAAUGAGAUGUUUUAGUUUCCAAAACACAAGAUGGACAACCCCCUUUAAAGCUCAGUGAGGAUUUUGAAAAGGGUCUGAGCCCAAACGCCGCUUCCGGGGUUCUCCCAGCUUUCAUAAAUGUUACGUUUAAAAAAAAAAAAAAAAAAAAAGGACCACGUCGUCACAUAGAGCUAAAAAGGUGCGAGGCGAAACCCAAGAACGGCGUCUGGGCUGAGCUGCUUUCUGCUCUGUGGUUGGGAGGCCGGCGGGGGUGAGUACCGACCGUCUUGGAUCAUUUUACUACUUAUUUCUCUUUUUAGCCAGACAAAAAAGGUGAAUGUGGUGCUUUAGAAAACCCCAACACACACACAUACACGCACACACAAAACCCCCCACUCCUCUCACACAGCGUCACGUGACCGUCGUCCACACGCCAACACACACUCCAGUAAUCAACCCAAACACACACACACACACGUCAUCUUUGUAGGUUUUUUGCCCCUCUUGUGUACAUGGUCUCAAACUUUGCAAUAUUUGUGUGUACAGCAGUAUUUUAAUAAAGAAUACCAAAACUUA